AUGUAUGGCGCCCAGAUAGACCAAAUUUUCGAAACCCUUGUUGGUGGACUAGGUGCAUGGCAGGUCUGGAUCAUUCUCCUCAUUUCUCUUUCCUUCUCAAAUAAUAUGAUAAUCUCCGUCUUCUUCAACUCUGUCCCGCGACACCGUUGCCGUGCUGACGCUGCACUAGAAGCCUGGUUUCAAGGUUUCAAUUUCACCUAUGUGGCCCGAUUCCUAGGCCCGGUCGAUGAGUCUAAUAAUCACUUUCGACAGUGCCGAAGAUAUGCCGGUAGGGCGCCUACCAACAUUACCACCUCGGCACUCUUUGAAUUCUAUAGAAGUGCUCGUGAUCAUGUCAUCACUGCGAACUACACCUGUUUUGAUGGUUAUGUCUUCGAAUAUUCGGAGGUUCAGUACAAAGGUGGGAUCGUUCAACAAUGGGAGUUGGUUUGCGACGAGGCCUGGCAACUGCCGUUCAACGAGAGUGCCUACAUGGUUGGAAUGAUGGUUGGAUUCAUUUUUGGUGGAUGGCUGAGUGAUCGUGUUGGAAGACGCAAAGCUAUGGUCAUUUCUGGUUGUGGAGAGAUAUUGGCAGGGCUAGCCACAGCUUUAAGUUUAAGUCACUGGUUCUACGUUAUUGGAAGAGUUGCUUUAGCCACAUUUGUUACAGCUCGUGGUUCAGCUUAUGUCGUUUUGACGGCAGAAAUCACCACCGCUAAAUGCCGAUCGACUCUCUCUGCCAUUGGCAUGGUUCUGCAAAUCAUUCUACAAGGCUGUAUGAUUGGAAUCCUGGCCAUAUACGUAACUAAUUGGAGAUUAUUCAUCAUCCUCAACAACCUUCCAAGUAUCCUUGUCAUCUUACACAUCUGGUUACUUCCAGAAUCACCCAGAUGGCUAGCGGCCUGCGGAAGAGCGGAGGAAGCUGCUCAUAUUCUCUACUCAGCAUAUCGGUUUAAUUCCCGAUUUCGUAAACCUCAGCCAGAAGUUCUCAUGACUACUGAGGAAUUCCUCCAACAUGUGGGAUUAGGUCCAAACGGACGGCAAGAUGUCAUUCUUCGAAAUAUACGUCUACGAGCUAUCUACUCAUCCAAUGAGAGCGCGAGUGAAUUCGCCAUUUGGCAGCUCUUCAAACCACAUCUAAUUAAAAUUACGCUCCUUUCAACUUCGAUUCUCACUUGUCAGAUAACCUGCAUUUUUGGAAUGGUAUUUUUUGCCAGUAACAUAAAACUGCAUGUCUCUUUUGUUACGAUUGUUAAUUCAUUAGCGCAGAUACCUGGGUGUAUUCUGGCCGCUGCACUCUAUCGAUACUGCAAAUCGCGCAGACUUCCACUUCUCGUGGUCUACGUGGUUGUGGUAAUCAUGGGUGCAGUAGCCGCAUUCCAUACAAUGUAUUUCCAACCAACUACCGACGCCAUGUUGAAUAUGUACAGUAAUGUCAUUAUUCUAUUCCUCUCCGCUGUCCAGAGAAUGCUCUUUAUUUACGUGCCAGAGUUGUACAAGCCUAUCUAUCGAAAUAGAGGAUUUGGACUAGCAGCUGGGAUGGCAAGAUUAGGAGCCUUAUGGUUUCCUGUGAUUAAUCGCCUCGACAAGGAAGUGAUGCAUGGCUUACCCUUGGUUGUGUAUACCUUCAUUAUGGUGCUGCAAUUAGUUUUGAUUCUCUUCUUGGAGGACACAACAGGACUGGCUAGGCGAUCAACUAUCACAGUCUCUCCAAUGGAUGAAAGAGUGGAAACGGAAGAGCCCCUACAAACGCAGGAAAACCCAUCCCAUGGCUUGUAA